CUGGAGAGCUUGUAACGGCCGUUAGUCCAGCUGAGGGACCCAGCCGCGGCCCUGGGCGGGCGUGGUGGCCUCGGUUCGUGGCCCUGAGUGAGCGAUCUCGCCACCCGCUUCCAGGAUCAGUUGGAUCAUAUAACUGUGUUGAUGGCAAUGCAGGAGAAAUAUCCAAGUGAGAGGAUCUCUCAUGCUGCUUCACCAGGUUCCAGUGUGAUUCAGAAGGUCACUUCCCUGGGGACUGAAUGGCAGACCCCAGUUAUCUCAGAGGCCUUUCGGAGCCGCUUCAGCCGCUGUUCAAGUACAGCUGACAGUGGAGACACGGCCAUUGGCACAUCGUGCUCAGACAUUGCGGAAGAUUUUUGCAGCUCAAAUAGCAGCCCAUCUUUCCAGCCCAUCAAAAGCCAUGUAACCAUUCCAACAGCCCAUGUGAUGCCUUCUACUUUGGGGACCUCUUCUGCCAAGCCAAAUUCUACACCUGCUGGACCCUCUUCCUCCAAACUUCAUUUGUCAGGGUUGGCUGAAAGUGUGGGAAUGACAAGAAAUGGAGACCUUGGUGCAAUGAAACGUUCUCCAGGCCCAUCUAGAGAUUUCAUGUAUCUUUGUGGUGCUGCUGGAGAAAAUGGAAUUGAGCAGUCCUGGUUUCCAGCAGUGGGCCAUGAAAGAGAAGAAGAGGUGAGGAAGUUUGAUAUUCCCAGUAUGGAGUCUACCCUCAAUCAGUCAGCCAUGAUGGAGACACUUUAUUCGGAUCCCCACUACCGAGUCCACUUCCACAACCCAAGAACUGACACAAACAAGGAGCUGUACAAAGUGCUGCCUGAGACCAAGAAAGCACCAGGCAGUGGGGUGGUAUGUGAGCGGAAUGGACCACACCCAAGCAGCAGCGGGUUGCUCCCUUUGGGACUCCAACCCGCUCCUGGGCUCUCAAAGCCUCUACCCUCUCAGGUAUGGCAGCCUAGUUCUGAUCCUUGGCAUCCCCGGGAACGAUCUUGUGAGCUCAGCACUUGUCGGCAGCAGCUGGAGUUGAUCCGUUUACAAAUGGAGCAAAUGCAGCUUCAGAAUGGAGCCAUCUGCCACCAUCCUGCUGCUUUUGCUUCUUCACUGCCCACCUUAGAGCCAGCACAGUGGAUCAGCAUCUUGAACAGUAAUGAACACCUUCUGAAGGAAAAGGAGCUCCUUAUCGACAAGCAGAGGAAACAUAUCUCUCAGCUGGAGCAAAAAGUGCGAGAGAGUGAACUACAAGUCCACAGUGCCCUUUUAGGCCGCCCUGCCCCCUUUGGGGAUGUCUGCUUGCUGAGGCUGCAGGAAUUGCAGCGAGAGAACACUUUCUUACGUGCUCAAUUCGCACAGAAGACCGAAGCCUUGAGCAAAGAAAAGAUGGAGCUUGAAAAGAAACUCUCUGCUUCAGAAGUUGAAGUUCAGCUCAUCAGAGAGUCACUCAAAGUGGCGCUGCAGAAGCAUUCAGAGGAGGGGAAGAAACAGGAAGAAAGGGUCAGGGGUCGUGAUAAACAUAUCAAUAAUUUGAAAAAGAAAUGCCAAAAGGAAUCAGAGCAGAACCGGGAGAAGCAGCAGCGUAUUGAAACCUUGGAGCGUUACCUUGCUGACCUGCCCACCCUAGAAGACCAUCAGAAGCAGAGCCAGCAGCUUAAGGAUUCCGAGUUGAAGAGCACAGAGCUACAGGAGAGAGUGACUGAGCUGGAGAGUUUGCUGGAGGAGACCCAGGCAGCCUGCAGAGAGAAGGAAGUUCAACUGGGAAACCUGAGACACAGAGAAGCAGAAUUCUCCACUAGACAUAGCCUGGAAGAUACAAAAUGUGUGGAGGAGGCCAUUGGAGAAGGUUCAGCCUCACAUGGAAAUGGUCCAAAAGUGGAAAUGGAGUCCUGGCAGAAAGAGUGCGACGCUCUCCGAAAGAUUGUGGAGAAACAACAGCAGAAGAUGGAUCAGUUGCGUUCACAAGUACAGAGCCUAGAGCAGGAAGUGGCUCAAGAAGAAGGAACAAGCCAGGCCUUGAAAGAGGAGGCCCAACGGAGGGAGACAGCACUGCAGCAGCUGCGCACAGCUGUGAAAGAGCUUUCAGUGCAGAACCAGGACCUUAUUGAGAAGAAUUUGACGCUCCAGGAACACCUGCGCCAGACCCAGCCAGGGUCUCCAUCUUCACCAGAUACAGCCCAGCUAGCAUUUGAGCUGCACCAGGAAUUGGCCAGUUGCCUUCAAGAUCUGCAAGCUGUCUGCAGCAUCGUGACUCAGAGGGCCCAGGGCCAUGACCCCAAUCUCUCUCUGCUCCUCGGCAUCCACUCCGCACAGCAUCCCAGGACUCAGCUAGAUUUGCAGAAGCCGGAUGUGAUCAGGAGGAAACUAGAAGAGGUUCAACAACUACGCCGUGACAUCGAGGACUUACGGACCACCAUGUCAGACAGAUACGCCCAGGAUAUGGGAGAAAACUGUGUCACACAGUGAGGAAUGUUGGGGGUGGGGCAGGCUCUGUUCCUCCAGGGGGGAUUUGGUCUAUGAGCGCCCAGUCCAGUGGGUCCUGCCCUGAUAAUCUCUUGCCUCCUGUCUGCUGCUAUUCCCAAAGAGAAGAGGCAAAGGGGAGAUAAGAGCCUGCAUCUGGGGCCAACCACCAGUUAGAGAACUAUCUGCCCCUCCUCCACACUGGCUUUGCCUUGUUGGAUUGCAUCUGUGCUCUCAUCCUGAUUUACCCUUUGAGGGUGUGUUACUAAUUACCUUCUGUAGGUUGACUGAUAAGUCCUCUUGCAGACUGUCGCCAGUCCCAGGUUUGCAUCAGAGGCAAAUAGGAUGCUCAUCUACCUUCUCCGUCCUCUGGGAUGGAUCCGCAUUCAUUCCCGCUCUGUACCUUGAUCCUGCUAAAGCCCAGAGUUCAUUAGCGGGACCUGGGAAGACUGAGUACCGGUCACAGUGACCAUUUGAGAACGCUCAGGCGCCCUUGUGUCAGACUUCCUGAGAGUUAAGCUGGCUUUCUGGGUUUCCUCAGGCCCGGUCCUGUUGCUGCUUCCUUAGCACUCUUGUUCUCACAGAAGCCUCAGGGCAAUCUGUUGGCAAAGUACCCACUAAAACUGGGGCUUAGGGAUUAUAGUGAGGGCGCCUUCAUCUGUGCUACCAUGCCAUUUUAUAGGAGACCCCAUUCUCCAGCUGCCCUUUGUCUUUGGGGUCCUGGUCAUGUAGUUAACAUACCCCACCUACCCCCUUCUUUGUUCUCAGGCCUCCUAGGUAACCCCCUUCUUGGGCUUUGACAAAGAGUAUAAACUCCUUUCUAUGGUUCUGGGUUUGGGCAGAAUUUUCCCCCAGAAUGCUAUAGGGCAACUAUUAAGCUGCUCACCCCAUCCCCCUGGGGCUAGGUCAGUGCUCUGCCCUCUCGUGCCUCUCAUUUAAGGGCUGGGGUCAUUUCCCUUUCCUGCUCUGGGUUGCGUGACAAUUCAGAGUACCUUGGAUAUAUUGACCUUAAGAUAGAACUUCCAGUGUUUUCUGGGGUUUUUUGUUUUUUUUUUUCUGGGGCUUUUGGACUCUGUGUUUUCUGGUAUUCUCUUGCCUCCUUGUUUAGGGAGCAUCUCACACAUACUUGUUUGUGUCUGGUCAUUGGGCUGGCCCAGAGCUCCUCUAGAUCUUGUGCUGGGCCAAGCAGGGCCUACAAAUGUAGGUAUGGGAGCAGUUCAGGAGCCCAGAAUCACCCACUGAGAUUCUUGCAAAGCUUCAGCCUGUUAGGCAGCAUCCUGGACCUCAUUCCUAGACUUGAAUGAGACUCCUUAAGUGUUUUUACAAGUUUGUGUUUUAUUUAUGGAGUGACUUAUCCCUUCCAUUCAGAACAGCUCCACCCAGCUGUCCCCUCAGCCUCUGGGCUCCUGCCUCUUAAAAGCAGAGCCGCCUGGCUGGUCUCCACCCUGUGUUGGGAGCCCAGCCACCAUGCUCACGGGUAUUUUUCCUCAUAAAGUUUAUAAGCAGUUAUUUAUAUGAAUCCUUGUUAUGUCAACUGGUUUGUAUUGCCUAUUUUGAUUACAAAAUAAAAUAUUUAACAGA